AUGCACGUAUCGGCGCGGACAUGUCACAAGACGUCAGCCACCGGCAGCGGCGAUCUCCCAACGAAUUCCGAUCGGGAAGAGCGAAAAAGACACGGGCCGGGUAUGCACCGGAACGCCGCCCGAAUACUUCGCGGCGGAGCGGUGCAGACGAAACGUUCUAGUUCUGGGUAUCCCAUGGGCGAAUUUGCGGAGGGCCGGUCGGCGCGCGUCGCGACUCGCAAAAACGCAGCGGCCCGGUGGCCGGGCGUGUGCGCCGCGCCGGGCGGCUCAGCGGCCCGCUCCGUCACGCCGCCGCGCCGGCCGCCCCGCACGCGCACUCCGCAUGCGAAACACCGCCGCGCGGCCCCACCGCCGCCAUGC